GGUCUGCACCCCGGGGGUGCGGUGGAGCCACACCAACAGCCUCCUUCCUAACUUGCAGCUUUCUCUUUCCCGCCCUCCAGCGCCCUGUGCUCCCUUCCUUGGAAGGCUUUUCUUGCCUGUCACAGGAUUGUCAAGGCCGAGUCUGGGCUUAGCAACCCCAGCGACAAGCCCAACAACCCUGGCUGUUAGUGGUCCCCUUAAAGCUGGUGCUCCUUGGUCAGGCAGGGGCCGCUUGCUGGUAGGAGGCUUCCAGGGGCAGGGGAGGGAGUUCCCUGCUGGCCAGGCCUGUCCUCCUCUGUGGGGCAGCUGGGAUAGCGGAGGUGACCAUGGCAGUCCUGGUGAACCAUGUGGGUGCAGAGGAGGGCAGGUGUGGAUUCCACAGAGGAAGCUACUCUGCUGUUACCAAAAAGGGGAGGGGAGUUGCUGGUGAAGCUAGAAGGACAGAGUCACCUACGGAGAAGAUACUUAUCCCUGAGUUGCGUCUCCUGAGCUGGCUGCCUUCUCCCCUGGUCACCGGAUGGCCCCCAUGCUGCUCGGGGCUGCCUCUGCCGCGGCUGCUCCCUGCCUUUUAACUUAAGACAUCAUAACACCUCACCUUCUGCAGCUUUGGAAAGCAGGGGAGCAAAGUCAUUGGAAUUAUUUUCAAAGAGGUGAUGGCUGUGGGUGAGGACUUGAGCCCCUCCCUGUGUGGGGAGUGUGGGCCUUCUGCCCUGAGGUGGGUUUCAGGGCCUCCUGCGGCCAUGCAGGGUCACUUCUGUGUGUUUCUUUGAUGGUUUUCCCCAACUGACUCCUCCAGGGCACAGGGGUUGUGGUUUCAGGACCCCGUGGCCAAGAACAGUGAAUGCGUGAACGUGGUUGCACACUCAUGCCUUUUCUAAGUACAGAUCUUGUUCCUCUUCCCUCCAUCAUCUUGUUCUUAAUCACAAAUCAUGGGAGAUGAAAAUAAAGCCAUUGAGCAUGAAGAUCAGGACCCAUCUCCUGGGAUAAAUCACAUAACCUCUCUGUGUCAAGAAGCACAGGAGGAGGCAAUUAUGAACCUUGAAAGUAUAGAUGGAAAUGAACUAACAGAAGGAAGUAACCUGAUGAACUACAGCGAAAAAAAACUACAAGAUACGCCAACUGAAUCAAAUCACUUGCAAAAGCUAAAGCAAACAUUUGCCUGCCCUCCACAUGGUAUACUGGAUCGGGUAAUAACGAAUAGCACCUUGGUGGUCCUCCUGUGGGCUGUGGUCUGGGCGCUCUCAGGCAGCGAGUGUCUUCCAGGGGGAAACCUGUUCGGGAUUCUCACUCUCUUCUACUCCGCUGUCCUGGGAGGUAAACUGCUGGGGCUCAUUAAGCUCCCCACGUUGCCACCACUGCCCCCUCUUCUUGGCAUGCUGCUGGCCGGGUUUCUCCUCAAGAACACUCCUGUCCUCAGUGACUACGUGCAGAUCCGACCGCGCUGGUCUUCCUCCCUCAGAAGCAUCGCCCUGGCUGUGAUACUGGUCCGCGCGGGCCUGGGGCUCGAUUCCAAGGCUCUGAAGAGACUGAAGGGUGUCUGUGUGAGGCUGUCCGCGGGCCCCUGUCUGGUGGAGGCCUGCACAUCCGCGCUUCUGGCCCGCUUCCUGCUGGGCCUGCCGUGGCGGUGGGCCUUCAUGUUGGGUUUUGUCCUAGGAGCCGUCUCUCCAGCCGUGGUGGUGCCGUCCAUGCUCCUUCUGCAGGCUGGCGGCUUCGGCAUAGAAAAAGGUGUGCCCACCUUGCUCAUGGCUGCGGGCAGCUUCGAUGACAUCCUGGCCAUCACUGGCUUCAACACCUGCCUGGGCAUGGCCUUCUCCACAGGCUCCACGGCAUUUAACGUGCUCAGAGGAGUUUUGGAGGUGGUGAUUGGAGUGGCGGCUGGGUCUCUUCUGGGCUUUUUCAUUCAGUACUUUCCAAGCAGUGACCAGGCGCAGCUUGUGUGGAAGCGGGCGUUCCUGGCCCUGGGGCUCUCCGUGGUCGCCGUGUUCAGCAGCGGGUAUUUCGGCUUCCCCGGGUCUGGGGGCCUCUGCACCCUGGUCAUGGCUUUCCUCGCAGGCGUGGGCUGGGCCAGCGGAAAGGCAGAGGUUGGAAAAAUUAUUGCGGUUGUCUGGGAGAUUUUUCAGCCCCUUCUCUUUGGGCUGAUUGGAGCAGAGGUCUCUAUCACGUCUCUUAGACCAGAAACUGUAGGUCUUUGUGUCACCACCCUCAGCAUUGCAGUGUUGAUACGAAUUUUGACCACAUUCCUGAUGGUGUGUUUUGCUGGUUUUAACAUAAAAGAAAAGAUAUUUAUUUCUUUUGCAUGGCUUCCAAAGGCCACAGUUCAG